CUGGCUGUUCGCACACUCAGAGCCAAGGCUACAGAUCUGAAGACAUGGGGCUUGCUGUGCUGAUCUUGGCUUUGUUGCAGGCACACACACUGAGAAGGGUACUAGCAGGUUCCUGUUUGUCUGGGGGUGCAGUGACUUGUGAAGAGUGUUUGAAGCUGGGGCCACAGUGUGCCUGGUGCUCCCAAGAGGACUUUAUUGAUGAUUCUGGCUCCAGUGAAAGAUGUGGGACUUUUGAGAAUCUCUUACAGCGCAGAUGUCAGCUGGAGUUUAUAGAUAUGCCCAGCAGCCAACUUAUAGUCGUGAGGAACAAGUCUUUAAGUUUAAGCAACCAAAGGAGUGAGGGGAAAGCAACACAAAUGUUGCCACAAAAACUCACACUCAAACUGAGACCAGGCCGCCCGGUGACUGUGCGAGUGGAUGUCAGACAGCUGGAGGAUUACCCCGUGGACUUGUAUUAUCUCAUGGACGUUUCUGCUUCGCUCAUUGAAGACCUGGAGAGGAUUAAAGAACUGGGUUCUUCUCUAUCCACAGAGAUGGCCAAACUGACCAGCAACUUUAAACUGGGCUUUGGAUCCUUCGUGGAGAAACCAGUUUCUCCUUUUAUAAAAACAACUGCUCCAGAUUUGGCCAACCCGUGCUGGCAACACCAUGUGAACUGUUUGCCCCCAUUUGGUUACAAACACCUUCUCGCACUAACUGAGGACACCAACAAAUUUAAUGAAGUUGUUCAAAAACAAAGCAUUUCUGCAAAUAUCGACAUGCUUGAAGCAGGAUUUGAUGCAAUAAUGCAAGCAGCUGUGUGUAAGGAGAAAAUUGGUUGGCGUAAUGACUCCUUGCACUUGUUAGUGUUUGUGACCGACGCUGACACCCAUUUUGGAAUGGACAGCAAGUUGGCUGGAAUAGUCAUCCCUAAUGAUGGAAAGUGUCACUUAGAUAGCAACAGUGAAUACUACAAGUCAACAGUCAUGGAAUAUCCCUCACUUGGACAACUGAUAGAAAAGCUUGUGGAAAAUAAUAUUCUAUUGAUUUUCGCUGUGACCGACAAGCAGGUGAACGUAUAUAAGAAUUAUGUGAACUUUAUUCCUGGUGCCACAGUGGACAUGCUAGAAAAAGAUUCUGAAAAUAUCCUUCAAUUGAUUAUCAAAGCCUACAAGGAACUGCGUUCUGAGGUAGAAAUGGAAGUCACGGGAGACACUGAGGGAGUAAGAAUGUCUUUCACUGCUAUUUGUCAGGACGGCACCAUCCACCCUGGGCAGCGGAAAUGUUCCCAUCUCCACCUCGGGGAUAUGGUUUCUUUCAACGUGACGAUAGAAUUGGCCGAAUGUUUGAAGAAACCCAAGCACAUCGUCAUCAAGCCUGUGGGAUUGAGAGACACCCUGGAGAUUGAGAUACAAGCAGCUUGUAGCUGCCAAUGCCAGGCCAGAGCAGAACACAACAGCUCUAAAUGCAGCGAUGGCAAUGGCUCUUUUCAGUGUGGAGUUUGUGUCUGUGAUGCUGGUCGAUUGGGUCCUCACUGUGAAUGUACCGAGGACAGUAUACAUACAAGCACCUGCAAACACAGCUGGGCUAACACUACCUGCAAUAGCCGAGGAGACUGCUACUGUGGGCAGUGUGUCUGUCACCUCUCCGAGUUUGGGCGUAUAUACGGUGCCUUGUGCCAGUGUGAUGACUUCUCCUGCGUCAGGUUCAAAGGGCUCCAGUGUGGAGGCCAUGGGAUCUGUGAUUGUGGUGAAUGUGAUUGUGACCCCGGCUGGACCAGUGAAUACUGUAAUUGCACGACAAACAUGGAACCAUGUGUGGCAACAGAUGGCACGCUGUGUAGCAGGCGUGGGGAAUGUAUCUGUGGCAAGUGUGCGUGUACACAUCCAGGGGCUUCGGGUGAGACGUGUGAAAAGUGCCCCACUUGUGGUGACCCCUGUACCUCUAAACGGAGCUGUGUUGAAUGUUACUUUUCUGGUAUGAACGAAUCUACAGAAUGCAAUGAAAAGUGCAGAGAAAUCGACGCCACUGUCAAUCAGACCUCAGACUGCCAGAAGUGCAAAUCGGUUUACUGUGCUCUGAAAAUUGAGAAUGAUUGCACAAUGUCUUUCCAGUUUUUGGAAGAUGAACAUGGACGCUCAUUUCUUUAUGACCUAAAACAAACAGGAUGUCCAUUGCCUCCGAACAUUGCAAUGAUUGUGCUGGGAGUUUCUCUGGCAAUCCUGGUGGUUGGUUUAGUUAUCCUCAGUAUCUGGAAGAUGCUAAUAUCCAUUCACGACCGCAAAGAAGUGGCCAAGUUUGAAUCGGAGCGAGCCAAAGCCAAAUGGGAAACUGGUACAAAUCCACUUUACAAAGGUUCGACUUCCACGUUCAAAAAUGUGACUUACGGAAAGCAAAAGGACUCAAUUACUGUUGGAAACUAAUGUGCUACUUAACUUAUUGGAAAAUUGAAAGUUUCUUGUAACUGGCCCUAAUGCACUUUUGUUUGUGUUUGUCUGGAGUAGCUGUGUUGUUGUGGAAACACAUUGUACAUAUUUUGAACUAUAUUAUAUUCGGUAAAACUCAUCAGUCUGAACUGUAUACAUCGUAUAAUCACCCAAGUUGUUCAUCUGCCCAAAUCCCAUUCAAGCAUUUAUGUUCUAUGCAAGUUUAACAUAACUCAUAUUUGGCAUUAGUCAUAUUAAAUGUCUGAUACGACUUAUGUGAGGUUUUACUGCACAUUGGAUGUGGCUAUAAAAAGCAUCAAAGAGUGUAGGUUUUGAGGCAGCAAUUUAUAGGAAACUAAACAGUUCUAGUAAAUAACACUAAUUCAACUUCACCAACUAUUUUUGACAAACUUUUUCUAUUAUUGUGGCUUGAAUUCAACAAAGGAUUCUUGUGUUUUUUUUGUAGAGAAAUUGUUUUGUACUUUCAUGGUUAGAAAUAUUCAACUCUGAAGUGCCAGCCAUAAGGUUAUACUGACUGCACAUUCCCAUGUUAAAAAUUGGAAUAGCGCUUAUAGAUACACUUCAUUACGCAAUGUUCUAUUGUUCUCUAUACUUUUGUGUUUCAGUCCACAAUGUGAAACAACAACAUUUCCAAAUUUCCAUUUCAAAUCAUAUCAAACAAAUUUGAUACAUUUACACAUGUGGCAGCUAACGAACAGCACUGUGACUAAAUGUCAGGAUGUUCAUUAUUAAUAACUAAUUUAUUUAAUGUCCCGCUACAUGAUAAUUGACUAAUUAACAGAAUGGAAACCAUAAAAGACCUUAUGGUUAGAGGCCACAACUAAACAUCCAAUUGAGACAUUUUCAAUUGAAAGUUUCAAUGAGUGGAAAGUUUAACAUUUCAUUUGUACCAUCCAGUCUUGGCAUCUAUAUUUUCAAUAACUUUUAGAAAUGUUUAUUGUUUGAAUUCUGCAAUAACACAGACUAGUCUUGUGCUGUAUUGAAAGUAAGAUGUGAUACAGUUGAAUACAAUUAUUCAGCCAAGUGAUACAGUCCAUGUACUUGACUUGAGGACAGACAUAAAAACAAAAUUCCACCUUCAAAAACAAACGAAGACUUGGAUACACAGUCUCCCAAGUAUCAAGACAUUCAUCUUCCUGAACUGCAUUCCUUUGUUCUUCACAAUGAUUUGUUGAGUUAUUAUUUCACUUAAUU